AUGGCCCGCACCGACGCCCACGCCGAGUCCUCGGCGCGCUCGUGGCGCGCGUGGUCGUCCGGUGCCAGCGCCGGCACCGUCGCCACCAGCAGCCGCAGCGGCAGGCCGGCGUCGCGGGCGCGGUGCUGCACGACGACGGCCAAGAGGCCGCCGGCCGACGUGCCACCGAUGGAGACGCGGUCGGGGCGCACAUGGAGCGCGGCUGCGUUGGCUCGUACCUAG